AUGAAGAAGUACAUGGCGGAAGAAGGCACAACAGUCCACAACAGUCACCCUGAGAUAGUGGAAAUAUUGAUGUACAGUGAGUAAACAGCACGACAAUAGAAGAUACAUUUAGGGAAGUUAUUUACUGGCAAGAUUAGCGUGUAUCUCUGACUUGACCAUUUGUGCCUGCAUUCAUGUUUUAAACCCAGGAACUUCCUUCGUGUGUAGGCUAAUUGGAGAACAAGGAUAUGUCUGCAGGUUGUGUGAGGUGGAUGCUGAGCCAUACAGUGAGAGCUGUGUGUGGUGGCAGCAGCUGUGUCUACUGGACACCAGCAUCAAGAUUCCCCAUAUGCAGUGAACGAUCCAACAUCAUUGCUUCCUCCUGGAGAUGGUCUCCAUUCUCCACUGGCGUAGACAACACAGAACAGACUGCCGCUCCAAAGAAAAAAAAGCCAGAUCCCAGAGGUCAUGCCACAAUCAGCGCAGUCGGCCGUAAGAUCCCGCAGCGUGAGAUACAGGUGAUAAGCGAGACAGGCGAGAACUUGGGCACCAUGCACCGCGCAGAUGUGAUCAGAGUCAUGGACGAGCAGGGUCUCAAAUUGGUGCUGCUCAGUGAACGCAAAGAUCCUCCUGUCUACCGGCUGAUGAGCGGCAAACAGAUCCAUGAAGAGCAACUGAAACUGCGGGAGAAGCAGAAAGCAAAAGCAGCCCCCGUGCAGGUGAAGGAGCUCACCUUUUCAUCCGGCAUCGCAGCUCAUGAUCUCUCAACCAAGAUGAAACAAGUGGAGAGUUGGCUGGAGAAGAAGAACCAUGUUAGAAUUACUUUGCGAUCAGGGCGCGGCGGACCUGCAGUCAACCUGGACACAACUCUGGAGCAGAUAGUGCAACAAAUGGAGGUGAUGGUGGGAUUUGUUUCUAAGCCAAAAGCCAUACGUGACGGUCAAGCAGCCAUGUGCAUCCUCCGACCACCUUCAGCAAAGGAACUGUCACAAAAAGGGAAGAACAUGGCCGCAGCUACGCAGUCUGACGACUCAAGUUCGAACGCCACCGAGAGCAAAACAUCCAUCCCUCCUGUUAGCAACUCGGACACAACAGAAGGAUCUAUACAGCAGUGAUCCCAUGGAAUAUAAAACAUUCUCAUAAAAAACGAAUUGAAGUCUGUUGCUAAAAUCUCACAUUUUGGUGUCAACUUGUAGUGUAUUUAAUAAAGCUUGGUGUAUAAUAAUGAUGCAUCCAGCAAAAUGGACUUACCAUUAGUCCUCUGAAAGUUUUAACGGUGGCAGAGAUACACUAGUCCCAAAACGUU